UCACUUGUGAGAAAUGAUUGGCAUACAGCUCAAGCUUGAAGAAGAAAAUGCAAGAAUUGACGUCAUGAAUAAAGAUCUUUUUCAUUCAUUUGAGUUGGCGUUUUUGUGAUUUUUACUGCUUUUCACGGAAACAUUUAGGUCACUCAGUUUCAUUUUGAAUCAUUUUGCUGAAAAAAAUCGGGGAAAACGUUUUUUGAAAAGAGGUGGCGGCCAUCUGAGCGGUGAUGGGCACCAUGCAGCGUCCGGCGGCUCUGGCUGGCCGGAAGCGGUUCCAGGUGACGUUUGUGGUCCGUGACGAGGUGGAGCGGUGCCACCGAGCCGGCGUCAACUCGCUCCAGUAUGACGCCCACCUGCAGCGGCUCUUCACCGCCGGACGAGAUGGUGUCAUCAGGAUGUGGAACUGUAAGAACACAAAGGAGCCGUACAUCCAGUCUAUGGAGCACCACACCGACUGGGUCAAUGACAUUGUCCUCUGCUGCGGCGGCAGGAACCUAAUUUCGGCCAGCUCGGACACAACCGUAAAGGUUUGGAGCGCCCACAAGGGUCUCUGCAUGUCCACACUACGCACACACAAGGACUACGUGAAGGCACUCGCUUACGCCAAGGAGAAGGAGCACGUGGCGUCGGCGGGACUGGACAAGUCCAUCUUCCUCUGGGACGUCAACACACUGACCGCCCUCACCACCAGCAACAACAUAGUCACCACCUCAUCACUGAACGGCAGCAAGUUCAGCAUCUACAGCCUGGGCAUGAACGAGCUCGGCACAGUGGUGAUUGCCGGCAGCACGGAGAAACUGCUGCGCGUCUGGGACCCGCGCACCUGCGACCGGCUCAUGAAGCUCAGAGGUCACGCGGAUAACGUGCGCGCCGUGCUGGUCAGUCGGGACGGCACCCAGUGUCUGUCGGGCUCCUCAGACGGCACCGUCAAACUGUGGUCGCUCGGUCAGCAGCGCUGCAUCACCACACUGCAGCUGCACGACUCCGUCUGGGCGCUGCAGGUGAGCCCCGACUUCAGCCGGGUGUACUCGGGCGGCCGGGACCGGCGGCUGCUGGUGACCAACCUGCGUCAGCCCGACUCCAGUCUGCUGCUGGCCGAGGAGACGGCGCCCAUCCUGCGCAUGGCGUUGGUCGGGGACGAGUCCAUCUGGGUCUCCACAGCCGAGAGCUCCGUCAAAAACUGGUCUCUGAAGAACGUGGACCGUCUGCUGGAUGACGCGCAGGCUGACUUCCUGACACCCGUGGCCAGCCAGCCGACUCGAGUUAUCGAGGGCGCCCCCAGCAUCAAACAGUACAAGGUGCUCAAUGACAAGCGGCACGUGCUGACUCGAGACAGUGACGGGCAGGUGGCCCUCUACGAUGUACUCUAUGCUAAUAAGGUGGAGGACCUGGGUCAGAUAGACCUGGAAGCGGAGGCCGAGCGCCGCUUUAAGAUGGUCUACGUGCCCAACUGGUUCAGCAUCGACCUGAAGACCGGGUACCUCUCAGUGCAUCUGAGUCAGGACGAAGUGGACUGUUUCUCGGCCUGGGUCAGCGCCAAGGAGGCCGGACUGCAGACCUCCGAUGGCGUCGACCAAAAAGUGAACUACGGCCGGCUGCUGCUACAGGCGCUGCUCGAACACUGGCCGCGCACCUUUCAGCUGGAGCCCGGAGCCGAGAACGGAUCAGACGCACAGGCGCUGGCCAAGCCCGUCGGAAACGAGUACUUCUCCGUGCCGCCGCACACGCCCGUCAUUUUCAGCGAGGCGGGCGGCAGGUUCUUCUACCGGCUCCUAUGUCGGGAUGCCGUCGGGGAGUCCGAAGGCACGCUAAACGAAAUGGUUCCCGACUGGGUGGUCGACUGCGUCGUCGAGAGAAACACACCGAAGUUCAUCAAGGUGCCCUUCUACCUGCAGCCGCACGCGUCGGCGUCAAACAGCAUCAAACACCAGAAAAAGGACCGGCUGAUUGCCAACGACUUCAUCCAGGUGCGGAAGGUAGUGGAGCACGUCUACGAGAAGGUGCUGGGCACAAACUCGGAGGCGAUGGGCGGCGGGCCGGCCCAGCCGCCGCCGCCGGCCGCCGGCGCAGAGGCGGACGACAGGACAGAGGGGUCAGCCACACUGGCGGAGGAUAAGGUGGAGCUGCUCUGUAAUGAACAGGUGCUGGACCUCAACAUGGACCUGCGCACAGUGCGUCACUUUAUCUGGAAAAACUCUGCCGACCUUCAGCUGCACUACCGACAGAUAAAGUAGUCCGACGCACGCUCAGCGGGCUGUUCCGUGGUGCGACUGUUUCGUCAGGAAGCUGAGAGCGGCCGACCGACGUCAUUCGCACAGGGACUUCCAGCAAUGAUGGGGUGUGAACCGGGGUCGCUCGGCGAUUGCAGACCCUCGGAAUCGUCGCCGGCCGUGUGGCGCUGUGCAAUGCCCAGAACUGGAGCGUUCCUGAGGUGUGGCUGUCGAUCCGGAGGUCGUACAGGACGGUCCGGGCCGCCACAGUGGACGGUCUGGCUCGUCACGACAGCGCAGUCAUCCAACUCGCCAACGACUGCCAGGGUUGGGGAUAGGCGGGUACCAAUCAGAGCGGCGUGGCCGGAUAGUCCGCUGUCCAUGUCGGGAAAGGUACGAUGCUCGACUUACGACUGAUGACCGCAUCUUAUGUGACACAUUUGGUGGUCGCUGUUCUCGGACGGCCGGGAGAGCUGCCGACCACCGCACCAUCGGUCGAACCGAGAAGGCCGGAGCGACUCGCCCUGCGACCGCCAUGGGACUGCUGCCGGCCUAUCACCGUUCCACGAACGGUCGCGGCCGUCCGCGGCCAUUCCAGAGAACGGCCGAUCAAUAAGAACACAUCCAGAUUGAAAUAAUGGGCGGAACGCCGCUCUCGUUAGCUGAAUGUUUCAGCCAUGAGCCAGCCAAUCGGUCGCAGCAAGAUCUCUCCUAUUAAUGCUGCUGACUGAUCUGACCUGUGGAUGUUGUGUAUUAUAUUGCGUGCGUGUCUCUUGGGAGAGCCACGCUGGAUCGUGGCCGUUUCGCUCGUACUGUGCAAUGAUUGUGCUAUUUCUGUUGUUGAUUGUAUGUGAAUGACUUUGCGGGAUAGAGGGCGAUAUUGAUUGUCAUCAGCUGUGAUGGCGGGAACAGAAAGCAUCAUACGAUGGUAGGCGAUGAGCUGCUGAUCGCGCCAAAAGAGAAUAUUUUAUACUAAA